AUGCUAAAACGCGGUAAUAACAGUUACUCACGGACUGAUGCCAGCGGCCUGAGGAAAAAGCAGCAGCAGCUCCACCACCACCACCAGCAGCAGAAGAAGAAGAAGAAGCAAGCAGCAGCAGAAUCAACAACGUCACCACCGCAUUCCAAUCGCGUCAGGACGGGGGCCGCCCAGCCGCGCAACCUGGUCUGCCUGGCCGUCCGAGCCCGAAGCGCCCGCCUAGUCGCAGAGGAAAGCCACCGCGUUAGAUCAUCAGCACCAGCACCACCUCCCACCCAGGGGGCUGACAGCAGCCGCUACAGCGCAGCAGCCGCCGACAAGGCCCGGGCGCCCAGCGUUCGCUGCCACGCAACUAGUAGCAGCCGUAGCAGUAGCGGCGGAAGGGCAGAAGAAGGGCCGUCGGCGCGCGAGGUUGCGGAGGCGGAGUUCGCAGAGACCGGGGCAUCCAGUACGGCAUCCAGUACGACAGCGGCGGCGGGGUCAGAAUUACCUGGGGAUAGGAAGAUGGAUCCGCAGCACCGGCAGACGGUUGAGGUUGUCGAAGUGGACGUGAUAGAGGGGGAGAACGGCGAGCCCGGUAGCUCUAUGCUGGGUACGGUGGCGGGUACCGCAGCCGGCGCGGCGCUGGCAGGCAGCCUAGCGGCCGCGGCGGCGUUGAGCGUGCCGCUGGCGGCCGCGGCGGCCGCGGUUGGCGCCGUGGUGGGCGCCGUCGCCGGCGGCGCGAUGGGCAAGGAAGUCCCUCGUGGCGUUGAUGUGGACCGCGCCAUGGAGUUCGACCAGCCUGAGGUAGUCCGCGCCGGGCAGGAGGCGGAAGAGCAGGAUGCUCUCACGGAGACGGUCUGGGACAGCGCCAGUGCGCCGCCGAGUGCGCCGCCGUCGGGAGCGGUUGGUGCCCGCGGUGGCAGGGCCGGCGAGGGCGAGGGCGAGGGCGGGGGUGGAGGUGUGGCGGUUACAGUGGUUGAGGUGGUUGCGGUAGUCAUGCAGGCGGCUGUUCUGGGGCGGGGCGGUAUUGCUUGA